AUGGCGGCCGAACCGAACGCCCCAGGUCAUAACAAGCAAUACUAUGAAGAGGAAGAACAUCUUUUGAUUGCCCUCAAGCAGAUAGGGGGACUCUCAUGGCCAGAAAUUGCGCUCAGAUUCAACGAAAGUGUCCCGGACGACCGACACAGAACUGCAUCGGCCCUAGAGAAUAAGUGGCGGCAGCUACGAAAGACCCACUACUUGGUCGACAUUUCCCACAUGUUCUUAGAGCAGGAGAUUCCCCUACAAUUCGCAUUCCACAAAUCAUCUCUCCGAUUCGAACCUGUUACGAUGCAAAACCAAGCUGUAAACUCCGAACACGUUCUCGUCCCAUUGAACGUCGUACGCUGGUUCUUCCAGCGUGAGCAAGAGGAUGCUCACUCAAUCACCUACCUUCAAAAUCAUAUUUCGGCUCUCGAAACCUCACUACACACUUCGGGGUGGAGAUUGCAGCAAGUCAACGUUGGAAAGAAUGCCCUAUCAGCCCACUAUGACCAGCUACACCGGGACUAUUUGAAACUUUUUGAAGCCUACGAGUUCCUGGAGAAGCGGACCGAUUAUACCGGACUAGGAAUUUCAGGUCUUCCCCCAAAAGAGCGCCUGACAUCAGAGGCCAUCAUCCCCGAGGAGAACGUGUGA